AUGUCGCUUCUCAAGACUACAUUACCCCAGGAGGGUACCGGCCGCACCGCGGUCGGAGAAUCCCUCCCCGCGUCCUCGGGCGCGGGCUGCCCCACCGUAUCUGGGGGGGGCAAGAACCGACAUAGGGACGUAAGUCCCUCAAUUCUGACGUCGCAGCCAGAGGCUGGCUCACUUUCCGAGGCGGAAUGGGUGAGCGUAGAGAGUUUGUUGGAGGAGCAACCCCGGCAGCGGGCUCCAAAAAGGGGCCGUGAGGGGGAGGAUUGUGCCAGUACUGAGGUACCGGCACCGAAGGCGCCCAAGGCGCCAACUAUGAAGGCCGUGAAAGCGGCCAAAAAAGGUGGUCGGCCGAAGUCGACUUUGUCCGCUGACGCUCGUCGGGAGUUAGUGGCGGCAAAGCGCGACGAGGCCGAAAAGUCGGUGGCCGAGAUGGCGAAAAAGGCGGAGACGCUGCAGGCGACAUCGCCCGCAGACAAGGGUGCCCUUGAGGACCAGGCCGCAACGAGCAUUAAAAUAAUCCGUGAAAUUGCGGCCCAUUCAGGCAACCUCAAGGGUACCUUUCAGAAGGGCCUUAAGGACGCUGCAGCGUCCCUGGAGAAAGUAAUGUCGGCUCUGAGCUCCGGGUCGACAGGUGAGGAGACUGAACGCCUGCGCAAAAUUUGCGAGCGCAUGGAAAGCAAGAUCUCCUCCCUUGAGAGGGAAAUGGCGGAGCUCAGGGCCGCUGUAGCAAGGGAACGUCCUGAACGAGUGGCCUUAGGGUCAACUUCGUCGACGGAAUUCCGGCAGGAGGAGACUGAGGUGCUGCAGCGCCUCAUUCUCACCACAAUGGGUCCUGUGCUAGACGCCCGUUUCGAGGGCCUCCAGGACCGUCUCCUGCCGGAGAAACGCAUACGGCCCGCACUGGCGGCCGAUAAACGCCGUACGCCGGCAAACCAGACGUCGGAUGAGAGGUUGGCUGCCUCGGUGGCCGACAUGCUCUCAGAGCCAGACACCGAUGUGGAGGAGGUGCCGGUGCCGGCUCCGGCAAGCCGUACGGCCGUGUGGCGGAAGGCGCCCCCCCAGCCGACCCCUGAACCCAAGCCCCAAAAGGGCAAAGGCAAACGGGGUAGGAAGGGAAAGGGCAAAAAAGGGAACCCUGCCCCUACGGCGCCUGAACCUGAGCCGGUACCGUUGGCAUCGGUGGCGCCUCCACUGCUGUCAUCACCGAGGUCGGCCAACUCGCCAUCCUACGCAGCCGUAACGGCUGCGCCGGCGUCACGGCCACCCGCUCCGCCACCGGCUCAUGGGCCAUCAGAUAUGCCCUGGAAGAAGGUGCCGGAGAAGGGCUCCAGGAGGAAGGCUGCCGCUGCCGCUGCCCCACCCCGGGGCUGCGGCCGGACGCGGAAAAGCGUGGCCAUGGAUAAAGUGGACCUCGGCGCCCUGGGUAUACCCGGGGUUAAAUUCAAAAAGGCGGCAACAGGUGCCCGCAUCUUAGAGAUAGCGGGCACUGAAAAGGACGACAAGGCCAACCUCCUGGCGUCCAAAUUGAAGGAGGUCCUGGAUCCUCAGGUAGCAGAGGUAUCCAGGCCUCUAAAAUGUGUGGAUGUGCGCGUGCUGGAGCUGUGCGACUCCGCUACUCCAGCCUUGGUGUGUAGUGCAAUCGCUCGUGCGGGUCAAUGCCCCGAAUCGGAAAUCCGAGUCGGGGACAUUCGAGAGGACCGCGCGGGCGUCCGCACGGCCUGGGUAAGGUGUCCCAUCGCGGCGGCCAAACGGCUGACCGCCAACGGCACCAGACUCCUAGUCGGAUGGGUUUCGGCGCAGGUAAAACUGCUGCCGGCUAGGCCCAUGCAGUGCUUCCGCUGCCUAGAGACGGGUCAUGUCUCGCAGCGGUGCACUGCCGAGUCCGACAGGAGCCUGCUGUGCUACAGGUGUGGCGAGCCGGGUCACAAGGCCGCGGCGUGCAACGCCGCCCCCAAGUGCAUCUUGUGCGCGGGGGCAGGCAAGCCGACGGGGCAUCGCGUGGGGAGCAAGGCGUGCUCCACCGUGUGGUUUUAG